AUGUCUAUUCAGGAGUGGAUUCAACGGGUCGACUUCUACCGUCUCGGUAGUGGUGCGGCUUUGCUGGCUUUGCUGGCUUUUUACUCCCCUGUGAUGCUGAUGGUGUUGUCCCCUACGUAUGGUGCCCUGCCCGCGCAUAUCUUCCAUGUCUACGGCCUGGGCGCUUUCGCAGCAGCUGGAUGGUUUUCUAAAGAUCAAGUUCAAAUGCGUCUUGGUCGUGUCGCCGCAUACAUGCUUCCUGUUCUUGCAUUCUGGACGCCUACCUUGCAGUACUUUGUGAUGCAGCAGAGCUCUAAGCUGGGAAACCCCCUGGGCCCUGUCAUCACAGAGCUGUUCGGUUACUACCCGCUAGCAUUUCUGACUGUCGCUAUUGCGGGUAAGCAGAUCCAGUACUCCCUGCACCUUGACGAUAUGGGUGACGUUGCGAGGGAGCAUGUACCCCUUUUGGGCUCAUACUUUAUCUACUCAGCGGGCGAGCAUUUCGCAAAGGCUGUCUUGUCUCACUUCAUCGGUUUCACUAUAUUCUUCUCCCGUGCUGGUCUGCAAUUCGUCAUUGCAGUCUUGUACGCUGCUGUCGUCCCCUCUAAGAUGCUCCUUCUCGCCGUCCCGUCUGUGCUCUUCUCGAUCACAUCUGAUGUCCACUUCGGCGGUAUUAGCGGCGUUAACUCUGCUAUCCAGGGUGAGGGUUAUUCUCUCCUGGCCCGCCAAGAGUCUUACACUGGCUACAUCUCCGUUUUGGAGAACCACCAUGACGGAUUCCGGGUGAUGCGGUGUGACCACAGCCUCCUAGGUGGACAGUGGACCAAGACGACUCCUGGCUACAACCCUGAGGUUGAGGAUCCUAUCUAUGCUGUUUUCACCAUGCUUGAAUCCGUCCGACUGGUCGAGACCAUCCAUGGAAGCCACCGUGUGGACGCGGACAGCAAGGCCCUGGUCAUUGGUCUUGGAGUUGGCACCACACCUGCCGCAUUGAUGAAACACGGCAUCGACACUACAGUCGUCGAGCUGGAUCCUGUUGUGGUUAAGUUUGCCGAGCAGUAUUUCAACUUCCCAUCCAACCAUGCGGCCACCGUCGAUGACGCGACCAAAUUUGUCAAAAAGGCGAUGAAAAACCCAGCUGCUCACCAGUAUGACUACAUUGUCCACGAUGUCUUCACCGGCGGCGCUGAGCCCGCGGAGCUUUUCACCAUUGAUUUCCUCCACGAUCUGAAAACCCUGCUCAAGGAUGAUGGUGUCAUUGCCAUCAACUAUGCUGGUGAUCUUGAGCUCUACCCCACAGGCCUGGUCGUCCGCACCAUCCUGGCUACCUUCCCAACCUGCCGCGUCUUCCGCGAGUCUGAAGCGAAGCCCGACGAUGAGAACGCCAACUUCACCAACAUGGUUAUUUUCUGUACCAAGAGGAGCACAGGCACCCCGCUCCAGUUCAGGGCUCCCGAGCGGGCUGAUUUCCUGGGCAGCAACUCCCGCAAAAACUACCUUCUUCCUAAGUAUGAGCUUGACCCUGCCAUGUUCGACCCUAUCCCCAAGGGCGGAAGACGCCUUCUUGUCGAUAAAGAAGUCAAGAGAUUGUACAAGUACCAGGAUCGCGGAGCCUUGGAGCACUGGUCGAUCAUGAGACAGGUUAUUCCCGCCGCUGUUUGGGAAAACUGGUGA